AUGACAGAGAAGGAGAAGCCAGUUCUAGCCUUCAAGCAGGCCCAGGAGUCCAUCUCUGAGAAAUUUCCGCAGACUUUCAAACACAAGGAAGGCGAUGCCUUUGUCGGCGGUGGUUCAACAGAGCUCUACGAGCCGAUUCCCGAGUAUGAAGGGCGCCACCGGUAUGAUCCCAGUGCGGAGUGGACGGAGAAGGAGGAGAAGAAGUUGGUUAGAAAGCUCGAUUACCGUAUUUGCUCCUGGGUCUGCCUCAUGUUCUUUGCCCUGCAACUGGAUCGGGGCAACAUCUCGCAAGCCCUAAGUGACGGGAUGCUCAACGACUUGGGCCUCUCCACGAACCAAUACAACUACGGCCAGAUGAUCUUCUACCUGUGUUUUCUCUGCGCUGAGGUUCCUUCCCAGAUGAUCUCGAAAAAACUAGGUCCAGACGUCUGGAUCCCCAUUCAGAUGAUGGCGUGGAGCCUCAUCGGUAUUCUCCAGUGUCUGAUCUCCGGGGAGAAGAGUUUCUAUGCAACCCGUGCGCUGCUCGGUCUCGUUAAAGGCGGAUUCAUCCCUGAUGCAUUGCUCUAUCUGUCAUAUUUCUACACGAACCGGGAGUUACCUAUGCGGGUCGGCUUCUUCUACUGCGCCUCGCACUUCACGUACAUAGUGGCCGCGUUUUUGGCAUUUGGCAUCCUGCAUAUGCGGUCCAUUGGAGGCUGGGAGGGAUGGCGGUGGUUGUUUGCGCUGGAGGGGGCAUUGACGAUGGUAGUGGGCUUUGUCUCGUGGUUCUAUCUUCCCCCAGGACCGACGCAGACGGCGAGCUGGUUCCGAGGGCGCAAUGGGUGGUUCAGUGAGAGAGAGGAGGUGAUUAUGGUCAACCGGGUGCUGAGGGAUGACCCAAGCAAAGGCGGGAUGCACAACCGUCAAGGUCUGACUUUAAAGCUCCUCUGGGCCCCGUUGACAGACUACGAUCUUUGGCCGCUGUACGUCAUCAGUUUGACGAUGCUGAUCCCCACGAGCCCGGUCACGGCGUAUCUGACGCUCAAUCUCAAGUCGCUGGGCUUCGACACCUUUGAGACGAAUCUGCUGACCAUCCCUGCGUAUGUGCUCUUCUUGAUCCAGCUUGUCCUUUGGUCGUGGGUCUCAGAAAGAAUCAACAAUCGGAUGGCAGUGGUGGGAUUCUAUUCUUUCUGGUGUCUGCCCCUGCUUCUGGCUCUGGAGCUGAUGCCGUCUUCGGCGAGUCCCUGGAGCUGGUAUGCUGUUACAGUGCUAUUGAUCGGGUUUCCGUAUAUCCAUUCUAUCAAUGUCAGCCUCACAUCUCGCAACGCAGGCAGUGUCCGCACAAGGACGGUUGGUAGUGCCCUGUAUAACAUGAUCUGUCAGGCAAGUUCGAUCAUCUCUUCGAACAUUUACCGCGAAGACGAUAAGCCGUACUACCGUCGAGGAAACAAGGUCCUCCUUGCACUGGUUGCCUGGAACGUGGUCAUGACCAUUUUCAUCAAGUGUUAUUAUAUCUGGCGGAACAAGUCGCGUGACAGAAUCUGGAAUGCCAUGAGCUCUGAGGAGAAGGAUAAUUACCUGAGGACGACGAAGGACGAAGGGAAUAAAAGGCUGGAUUUUCGGUCUGCGCAUUAA